CUUCCCCACUAGCGAACUCGGGUGCGCCUGGUCUCCACGUCAGUGACCGGCCAGUCGCCGGUUGACGCGUCCGGCGCGGAUCCCUCCUCAGGGCUGGGCAGCCGCGACUCGGCCGGUGAGGCUGCCCGACAUGCCCCGAGGAUCGCGGGCGCUGCCCUCGGCCGCCAGGAUGGACGGGAUUGGCAGGAUUGUGGAUAAAAAUAUCUACAUUAUACAAGGUGAAAUCAAUACUGUAGUGGGAGCCAUAAAGCGCAGUGCAAGAUGGAGCACUCAUACACAUAUGGAUGAAGAACGUGAUCCCCUGUUGCAUAGCUUCAGAAUCCUAAAAGAUGUUCUCCAUAAUCUAACUGAUCUUUCCGCAAUUGAGCCCAUUGUCUUUCUUCGACCCUUCUUGGAAGUUAUCCGCUCUGAAGAUACUACAGGCCCCAUCACUGGGUUGGCCCUGACGUCAGUGAAUAAGUUCCUUUCAUAUGCGCUAAUAGAUUCUAACCAUGAGGGCACAGCUGAGGGAAUGGAGAACAUGGCGGAUGCGGUCACCCAUGCCCGAUUUGUGGGCACAGACCCUGCGAGUGACGAGGUGGUCCUGAUGAAGAUCUUGCAGGUCUUGCGGACUCUUCUCCUCACUCCUGUUGGAGCGCAUCUCACCAAUGAGUCUGUGUGUGAAAUCAUGCAAUCCUGCUUUCGUAUAUGCUUUGAGAUGAGACUUAGUGAGUUAUUGAGAAAAUCUGCAGAGCACACUCUGGUCGACAUGGUACAGCUGCUCUUCACAAGGUUGUCUCAGUUUAAAGAAGAGCCUAAAAGUUAUGUGGGGACUAACAUAAAGAAGUUGAAAAUGAGAGCAGGAGGAAUGAGCGACUCAUCAAAAUGGAAGAAGCAGAAGCGAUCACCACGAACCUCUUGCCACGUGACCAAAGUACCUCCAGGAUCAGAGCAACCUGUUUCCAGUGGCACAAGCACAUCGAGCAAUAUAACAGCAGGAGGAGUCAGUUUUGUUGAUAUGCCUUCUCCUAUCUCAUCUGGAAGUUCAGAAAAUACAUCGUCUGCAGUCAGCCCAUCUACUGACAGUGGCAUGGAGGUUUCCUCCCAGAUGAGCUCAAAAGAAGAUCUUACAGACCUGCAACCGGUCAGCCCUCUGGGAAUUAGUGCAGCAAUGCCUCUAAGUGAGCCGAGGUGCAGAGAGCAGCUGGAUCCCCAGAAUGAAUACCCCUCAGAAGAGAAGACCCCCUCUGCUUCGGUGGAGUCCAUCCCAGAAGUUCUAGAGGAGUGCACAUCGAAUACUGAGCACUCAGACUCCACUUCUGUUCAUGAUAUGGACUAUGUCAAUCCCCGGGGAGUGCGGUUUACACAGUGCUCUCAAAAGGAAGGAACAGCAUUAGUCCCUUAUGGACUGCCUUGCAUCCGCGAGCUACUCCGUUUUCUCAUCUCCCUCACUAACCCACAUGAUCGCCACAACUCAGAUGUGAUGAUCCACAUGGGGUUACAGUUGCUUACUGUUGCCCUGGAGCUGGCUUCUGUGACAAAAUGCCCAUCCCUCUUGGGACUCAUAAAGGAAGAGCUGUGCCGCUACCUCUUUCAAUUGUUAAGUGUGGAGCGACUCAAUUUGUACUCCGCUUCCCUUCGAGUUUGUUUCCUCCUUUUUGAGAGUAUGAGAGAACACCUGAAAUUUCAGCUAGAGAUGUACAUAAAGAAGCUGAUGGAGAUCAUUGCUGUAGAAAACCCCAAGAUGCCCUAUGAGAUGAAGGAGAUGGCCCUGGAAGCCCUCGUCCAGCUGUGGAGGAUCCCCGGCUUUGUUACCGAGCUCUACAUCAACUACGACUGUGACUACUAUUGUGCUAACCUCUUUGAAGACCUCACCAAGCUCCUCUCCAAGAAUGCCUUUCCUGUUUCUGGACAACUGUACACUACUCACCUGCUGUCCCUUGAAGCACUACUGACAGUGAUUGAUAGCACUGAAGCCCAAUGCCAAGCCAAAGUACUAAGCAGCAUCUACCAGCAGGACAAGGAUGCUUUGAAAGUGAAAGCAGACAUGGUUUCUGGUAUCAAAGAAACAAGCCACAUUGCUGAGGGGCGACUGACAGAAGGUAACCCCCCCGUUUCAGAAUUGUUAGAGGCGCACCCAGCCGUGAAUGGCUGCUCAGUGACUGACCACACAAAGCAGCAAGACUGUCAGAAUGUGGAAGGGGGAAAUGAUGCAGCAGAGAAGACCAUGCCAAGGAAGCCUAUUCGCUUUUCCUGCCUCCUGCCUCCAACAACUGAAUUGAUUAAGAUGAAGAGUAAAAAGAAGCUCCUGAUAAGUGGUUCAGAACAGUUCAACCAGAAGCCUAAAAAAGGGAUACAGUUCCUGCAGGAGAAAAAAAUUUUGGCUACCCCCAUGGAUAACAAUGAAGUAGCAAAGUGGCUGCGGGAGAAUCCUAGAUUGGACAAGAAAAUGAUUGGGGAAUUUGUGAGUGAUCGGAAGAGUGCAGACUUGCUGAACAGUUUUGUGGAGACUUUCAGCUUCCAAGGUUUACGACUAGACGAGGCCUUGCGUCUCUACCUGGAAGCCUUCCGGUUGCCAGGAGAAGCCCCUGUCAUCCACAGGCUUCUGGAAGUCUUUACAGAACAUUGGCGAAAAUCAAAUGGCUUCCCAUAUGCCAAUAGCGAUGCUUGCUUUGCCUUGGCCUAUGCAGUUAUUAUGCUGAACACCGACCAGCACAACCACAAUGUUCGGAAACAGAACGUGCCCAUGACUCUGGAGGAAUUCCGGAAAAACCUGAAGGGGGUUAAUGGAGGCAAAGAUUUUGAGCAGGACAUGCUGGAGGACAUGUACCAGGCCAUCAAAAAUGAAGAGAUAGUGAUGCCAGAGGAGCAGACGGGCCUUGUAAAGGAAAACUACGUCUGGAGUGUGUUGCUGCAUCGUGGGGCCACUGACGAAGGAAUCUUUCUGCAUGUGCCGCCUGGCAGCUAUGACCACGAUCUCUUUGCUAUGACUUGGGGGCCAACUGUGGCUGCCCUCUCCUAUGUUUUUGACAAAAGCUUAGAUGAAACAAUAAUACAGAAGGCACUCACGGGUUUCAGGAAAUGUGCCAUGAUUGCUGCCCAUUAUGGCCUGAGUGAUGUUUUUGACAAUCUUAUAAUUUCUCUCUGCAAAUUCACAGCCCUGAGCAGUGAGUCUGUUGAGAACCUGCCUGCCGUUUUUGGAAGCAACCCAAAGGCCCACAUAGCAGCGAAGACAGUGUUUCACUUGGCUCAUCGCCAUGGCGAUAUUCUGCGGGAAGGCUGGAAAAAUAUCAUGGAGGCCAUGCUGCAGCUUUUCAGAGCAGAGCUGUUGCCAAAAACCAUGGUGGAGGUUGAAGAUUUUGUGGAUCCCAAUGGCAAGAUCUCUCUGCAGCGUGAGGAAACACCUUCCAACCGUGGUGAGUCCACAGUGCUCAGUUUCGUUAGCUGGCUGACACUCAGUGGCACAGAACCAUCUGGCAUGAGAGGGCCAUCUACAGAGAACCAAGAAGCAAAGCGAAUGGCUCUCGAGUGUAUAAAGCAAUGUGACCCUGAGAAGUUGAUCACUGAAAGCAAGUUUCUGCAACUGGAGUCUCUUCAGGAACUAAUGAAGGCUCUGAUCUCUGUGACUCCUGAUGAAGAGAUGUAUGAUGAGGAAGAUGCCGCCUUCUGCUUGGAGAUGCUUCUGAGGAUUGUUCUGGAGAACAGGGACCGGGUGGCUUUUGUGUGGCAGGCAAUGCGGGAUCAUUUCUACCACUUAUGUGUGAAUGCUGUGGAAUAUUGCUUCCUCGUGGAGAGAGCAGUGGUGGGACUUCUCCGUCUGGCAAUUCGAUUGCUCCGGAGGGAAGAGAUCAGUGCCCAGGUGCUGCUGUCCUUGCGCAUCUUGCUGAUGAUGAAGCCCAGCCUGCUGAACAGGGUCAGCCACCAGAUUGCAUACGGCCUUCAUGAGCUCCUCAAGACCAACGCAGCCAACAUCCACUCGGGAGAUGAUUGGUACACGCUCUUUACACUCCUGGAAUGUAUUGGGUCAGGAGUGAAACCUCCUGCAGCUCUGCAGGCGACAGCCAGAGCAGAGAAUGACACCGGGGCUCAGUCAGACAGUGAGAUCUACCACCCAAAUGAAUCCACCCUCGAUCGUGGUUACACUUCUGAUUCAGAGGUGUAUGCUGAUCACAGCAAGCAAGGCAAAAUGCAUCGUUCUGUGACUGAUGUAGAUGUGGUCAACAGUGGCUGGCUUGUGGUUGGAAAGGAUGACCUGGACAGUCCAAAAGCCCUCAUAGGACCCUCCAAGCCGUGCAGCUCUCCUCUGGUGAAUCAAUACAGUCUGACUGUGGGGCUGGAUCUGGGCCCACAUAAUACCAAGUCUCUGAUGAAGUGUGUGGAGUCUUUGUCUUUCAUUGUGCGAGAUGCUGCCCAUGUCACACCUGAGAACUUCGAGCUUUGUGUCAAAACCAUCCGUAUCUUUGUGGAGGCCAGUCUAAAUGGAGGGUGCAAGUCCCAGGAGAAGCGUGGGAAGAGCUAUAGGUAUGACCCCAAAACAGCCCGUUUCAAGAAGAAAGCCAGGGAGAGGCACUUGAGGGGGUCCAGCCAGCAACAGCCCCGCUCCCCCAGUGAUGAGGAAGAAGAGGAUGAGAGUAUUCCUGCCAGUUACCACACUGUGUCUUUACAGGUUAGUCAGGACCUGCUGGACCUAAUGCACACCCUACAUACUCGAGCUGCUAACAUCUACAGCUCCUGGGCAGAGGAACAGCACCACCUAGAGGCAGCAGGGAAGAAAAUUGAAGCAGACUCCCAGACUUUGUGGGCCAAUUGCUGGUGCCCGCUCCUGCAAGGUAUUGCCUGCCUGUGCUGCGAUGCACGGCGGCAGGUGCGCAUGCAAGCCCUGACCUACCUGCAGCGGGCUCUCCUUGUGCAUGACCUGCAGGCACUGGAUGCCUUGGAGUGGGAGUCCUGCUUCAAUAAGGUGCUGUUUCCUUUGCUCACCAAACUCCUGGAAAAUAUCAGCCCAGCAGAUGUUGGCGGGAUGGAGGAGACCCGAAUGAGAGCAUCAACGCUGCUUUCCAAGGUCUUCCUGCAGCACCUGUCUCCACUGCUGUCCCUCCCAACAUUUGCCGCUUUGUGGCUGACCAUUUUGGAUUUUAUGGACAAGUAUAUGCAUUCUGGCUCCAGUGACUUGCUGCCAGAGGCAAUCCCUGAAUCGCUGAAGAACAUGCUUCUAGUGAUGGACACAGCUGGAAUAUUCCACAGUGCUGACUCACGGACAGGCUACUCCGAUCUCUGGGAGAUCACUUGGGAGCGCAUAGACUGCUUUCUGCCAAAGCUGCGAGAUGAGCUCUUCAAACAGACCGUCAUCCAAGAUCCAGUUCCUGCUUUUCCACCAGAGAUACAUCCUCCAAAACCAACCGUUUCUGUUCUGCCGCAUCCUUCCGGGGGGAGCGCAAGGCCGGCCACUCACUCUGCGCCACCUGAGAAGAGUCCAGAGCUGACAGCCAGCAAUCCUGAGAAUGCUUCUGCCCCUGGCACCAGCCCCUCGCCAGCAAAAGUGAGUGCAGCCAAAGAGACUCCUCCAGCAAUGGCACAGCCGCCUCUGAUCCUGCAGCCUCUGGCUUCCCCCUUGCAGGUGGGGGUGCCACCCAUGACCCUGCCUAUUAUCCUGAACCCAGCCCUCAUAGAGGCCACCUCUCCUGUGCCACUCCUGGCCUCCCAGCGUCCCACAGACACCACCAUCAUUUCUGAAGGCAAUUGAGGGAAGAAGGGGGACGUUGAUUGCAGGGCUGUGGGCAUUACCAGAUUCGUGCAGAAGCCCUCUUUGCCGUGGGGAAGGCCAAGCGGAAGAGCAGCAGGCUGCUUUGCCAAGGUGCCCACCCUCUCUGGGGGAGCUCAAGCCAAAAUCUUAUCGCACAGCAACUCUUGAACAAGAGUCCCUGACUCCCUUUGGACAGAAGGCAUCUACUGCAGCGUUGGCCGUGGGCAGCUCCUCUCAGAGCUCUGGAGAACAGCAGCCAGGCUUUCAGCACAGACCUUUGCAGCUUGUGGCUCUUGGCAGAGGAGAGCAAACGAACCAGUUCCCCCAAGAGGCUUCCAUGGGCUUCCUGCCUCUCCUCUUCCUCGGCAUGUGUCCAGAAGAGUGCCAUUUUUCAGGCACCCAACCCCACCCCACCCCCGGCUCAAAAUGGGGCAGUGAUGUCUGUGGCUUGCCUGGCCUUCUGGGCCAGAGAGGCCUGACCCCUAAGGCAGCAAAGAUUAUUUCUGCAAUGCCAAGUGAGUGGUACCAUCCGGACCCACAUGCUGCCCUGGAGCCUUUCUUCCUCCUAGUGUAAUCCUGUAGGGUUUGCUCCAGGCAUCCUGGCAAGAGAGAAAUUGGGCAGACAUUGCCUGGGGAGAGGCUGUUGGGGGCAGCCAGGAGGCAGCCUCCACUGGACAUUCCAGGCCUCUGUCAGGAGUUGACCACCAGGCUUCUUUGUGUUCCUUGCCAGCAGGCCGUUGCACUUUGGGAGGAGGCCACUCGCCCUCCUGCGCCACCGGCCUGGCAGCAGGAAACCUGAGAGGUCAAACGUGUCUCAUCUCGUGCUUCCUGCCUCUUAUGCAUUAAGCCACAGUUGUCCACAUUUACUGCAGAAUCCCCUUGGGAACUUAAGCCAGGCUCUACUGUGUGGAACAGCAGGUGACUCUCUCUCUCUGUGUAUGUGUGUGUAUAUAUAUAUACAUAUAUAUAUAUAAAGGGUCAGUGGACUUUUUACAAUGGAAUAAAUAUGACCUGUACAUGAA